AUGGACAACACGGCAGUCUUCUGCACCUCCCGCGGCACCACUUCAACACGCUCCGCGGCACCAAUGCAGCAGCACCACCAACUUCUCCCGGUCUUGACCUUCAGCUCCGCCGUCCUGUCAAAGAAGCUCCGUCUACAGUGUGCAGACCUGGAAGCCCCUAUUACGCUAUUGCAACGUCGGAAGCCCUAUCUCUGCGACUCGGGGUCCUGCCACGACCCCAGACUUGCCCUCCAGGCCCUACGUACCACACCACGCACUCCUAAACAGUGCGUUCCAGCACGUUGGGAAUCAGCCACCCCCGAGUCGUCAGAGGCAUUAUUGCUCGGGCAUGCCUUCUGCUGA